GUGUGUGUUCUGUACGUGAUCAGGGGAAGGCUCUAGAGAGCCAAACCCUAGUUCAUCAUAUAUCAACCAAUUGAAGGAUGAAUCGAGGCUCAAAUUCAAGAAGGAACAUGAAUUAACGAUCACCCAAGCUAGGGGAUCAUAAGGAAUCAUGUCAAGAUGGAUGGGAGCGUUGAAGGCUAACGGGCUAAGAAGACUCAAUCAAGUAAGCGAACGAAAAUACCGACGCGCAAGGUAAGUGAACUCCGAACUUACUCUUUAGUUUGGUAAUGUAUUUAUGAUAUAUGUUAAUUGUUGAAUGCAAUGUAAGAAGAUAUGGAUCGAUGCUAUUACUAAGUUAAGUUUUAAUGGAAUGGGUUGGAAGUGGUUAAGAAAGAGAUUCGAUUAGGUUUGGGUAAGAAAAGGAACUUACAUAAUGAAAUUAUGCUUGAAUGAAUAAGAUGAGUUAUGUGUAUUUGAGGACAUGUUCAUAUAAAUGGAAGCUAAUGUACUAAUCGUUUUUCUAUUGAGAAUUAAUGUGAAGUAUAGGCAUGUUAACAAAGGAAGUGAAGGUUGACUCCACAAUCUGAUGCGAGUAAUCGAAUGGAUGGAUGAAGAGGCUAGUAUAAGAAAAAGCAUGAUAUGUUGACGCGCUAUUAUACUUGUGUUAAGAUUUUUGUAUUAUGUCACCGGUUGCUAAUAAUGUGUUUGAAUGUGGUGACUGCAUGCUAUACAUGUUUUGAUGUUUCAUCCAGAAGUGUACGUGGUUGAAGAUCGAGUCAAGACACGGAUUGUAUGUGGGUGUGUACGUAGUCACUUAAAUUGAGACAUGUAUGUUAGUUUUUGGAUUAAUUUAUAAAAAGAGAUUAAUGUAUUUAAAUGAAAGAAAGAAUAUCAUGAAGGAAAUUUUAGGUAUGUAGUUUCCGUUGCGAAUCUUAGGUUAAUACGUGUUAGGGCGUUACAAGUUGGUAUCAGAGCCUAGGUUUGAGCGAAAUGAAGUACAAAUGAGUGAGUACUUGAACUCAAACCUGUGUGCUCUUGUGACUAAUGACCCGUACAAUCCAAGACUCGAUCAAGACCGAAAGGUAAGAUUUAAUAUAAGUAAGCAUGUGAGAGGUUACUAAUAAUGAUGAAUAUUGAAAGGUGAGCUUGAUGGAUAAUGAGGAUGUUCCGCAGUCGCAGGCUAGUACGAAAGCUAAGGUGUGUGAUAUGUCCGGAAAAUGGACCCCAGAUCUACCCACAUCCUCUUCUUCUGAACCAAGUAUCAAGCAGGCUUUGAGGCAAAGGAUUCAGCAACAAAUUCAAGAGGAUCGUUCAUGUCAAGAGAUGUUGGAGGCCAACAUUUCUCGUGUAACAGAAAACAUGAAGAGAAGACAAGAAAUUCUGAAUUUGCUAUCUCAGAUGCAACUGAGUAGUCUUAAAGAAAUUGUUGUUAUGUUUAUGGUGGAUUUGGGUGAGAGGGAUGAGAAACAGUUGAAAGAGUUGGCCGAUGCAAUAACUGUCUUAAGAUGCUCGAUGAAGAUGAAAAUGGAGUUUCUUUCAUCUUUUGAAUGA